AUGGCCCAAGUAGAGUAUCAUCCAGCUCCACACAAACAAAGUCCCUACAUGUGGGACUUUCCCGACCCAAUAACUGGUACUUUUCCGACUUACGCUUAUGACAAGAUGGAUCUCUACAACAAGUUUCAUCGUGCCAAUUACAUUGGUAUAGUCAUUGUGGGUGGAAGCUUGUCGAUGACAUUGUUUUACCUGGUAGUUUUUGAAACAAAAGGCGUUUUUAAGCCGUACAUCAAGAUGUUGCUCAUGUGUUCGAUGAGUGACAUGUUCUUCUGGAUGUUUUUUACUGGCUUUGUAAGUUCGUAUGUUGUUAUAAAGUAAAUAUUGAAUAUACAAAAAUUUUAAAAUUUUAAUAUUUAAAUCUGUUUAGAAAGGCAUACUGAUAGAUGGUGUAUACUUCCUGAGUAUCAACGGAGCUGCCAAACAUUUUGAUAGGGAGGUUCAGUUGAUGUUUUUGGCUUGUUAUGGGUUCGGUAUCUGCUUGAUACAUACCAUACUACCAGCUCAGGCCUACUUUCGAUAUCAUGCACUGAAAACGUAGGUUUUACACUGGCAUUCGACCUCAAACUUGAUUUAAAGUAAACAACUUUACUAUAAUUUAAAAAAUUUUCAAGUUUAAUUUGACGCCAAGACUUUUUUGAUACUUUAACAGUAAUAAUGCAAUUUUAAAUACAUAUAUAGCAAUUUCAAUUUUAGGUCGACAUUUUUGAGUGUCAAAAAGACAUUGUUUUUGUUUAUCUUUUCUGUCAUUUGCACUUUACCGACCGCUUACUUCUGCCGUGCUGGCUUUGAUUACUCGGCCGAGAUCUGGCCAAACUAUAACUAUGCUUUACUGUGGUAUAAAGAGUUCCCUGUACCUGUUGCUCACAUCGCCAAUAUUGUAAGUUUAAAAGUUAAAGCUUGCCGGUCAAAAAUUAAGAUUGUUUUAUUGGUCAAGAAGUAAGUAGAACACAUUUUUUGUAAAAAUGGUUUUUAAAAGUUUUUUAAAUAUUGAUUUUCAGAGACAUUUCAAUGUGAAAAUGUACUUUUUACAAGCUACAAUACUAAUUAACUUGUCUUUUGGCAUCUUCAUUUACAUUUUGCGUUUGACUAUGAGAGAAUUGAAUCAAGAAAGUAAUGGUGGAUUCAAGUAUUCUAAUAAGACCAGACAACUUCAGAAGCAACUUACUCGGUUUCUCAUUUGUCAGGUAAUUCUAUCUAUAACAAUCUGCUAUAUAAUACUCAUUUAAUGUUCAAAUGUAAUAAUUAUGGGCGCUCUUAUUUUUUUUAAAUUUUUGGUGUUAAAGGGCACAGGAUUAUUUGAACUAUUAUAAUACCUAAUACAUAACUUUAAGUAUUUAUUUAAACGUUAGAACGAGAUAGAUAAAGGUUUGUAAUAAGUACUUGAACGUCAACUACCACUACGAACCACAAGUAUUAUAUUUCAGGCCAUGGUGACCUUCUGUAACUCCGUAAUCCCAGUAGCUGCAAUCUUGAUACCUUUGUUCAUGAAGAUUGAUGCAGGUGCUACGCCGUCCUUAUGUCUUUUCAUCGUGGGCUGGGUUCCAGCUGUUAAUCCAGUCCUGUCGAAUAUCAUUAUCACUCCUUAUCGACGCUUUAUCAUCGGUUGUUUCAAGAGAUUAAUUGGUGCUGUAAACAGCAAAGUGUCUCGGAACUCGACGGAUCGUAAUCAUUCUGCUAUGAUCUCUAAUACUUGA